AGGCGUUAAUGGCUUCUUGGCUUUGAAGAGGGAGAGGCUGCCCGGGGUCCAGUGUCUAAGUGAUGGUGGCGACCAGGCUCCGAGACCCAGAGAGCCCUUGAGAAUGUCCGAACCUGCCAACCCAGCCCCCUCUCAACUCUUCUCUCUGUUGCUGUGUUUGAGCUGGGCCCUGCCAUGGCCCUGCGGGGCACUGCCCAAUGCCCCGGACUACCUGCAGCGUGGCUGGCAAAGGCUGCUGGAAGAAGGAGAGAGCUGCUUGGACUGUAGCCCAGAGGAAUGCCCCAUGCCCCGAGGAUGCCUGGCAGGCCUGGUGCGGGACCCGUGCGAGUGUUGCUGGGAGUGUGCCAACCUGGAGGGGCAGAUCUGCGACCUGGACAACACUAAUCACUUCUACGGGAAGUGUGGGGACCACCUGGAGUGCAAGCUGGACACGGGGGACCUCCGGAAGGGCGAGGUGCCUGAGCCUCAGUGCGCUUGCCUCUCCAGCCAGACCCUGUGUGGCUCUGAUGGGAAGACCUAUGCUCAGAUCUGCAAGUUCCAGGAGGUGUUUCAUGCCCAUCCCGAGGCAAAUCUCACCGUGGCCCAUGAGGGACCCUGUGAAUCAGAGCCCCAGAUCUUGUCUCCUCCCUACGACGUGUGGAACGUCACCGGGCAGGACGUGAUCUUCGGCUGCGAGGUCUUUGCCUACCCCAUGGCGUCCAUCGAGUGGCGGAAGGACGGAGCGGAGAUCCUGCUACCGGGAGAUGACCCCCACAUCUCUGUACAGUUCAGGGGUGGCCCCCAGAAAUACGAAGUGACUGGCUGGCUGCAGAUCCAGGGCAUCCGGGUGACGGACGAGGGCACCUAUCGCUGCUUCGCCAGGAACAGGGUCGGGGAAGUGGCUGCGCUCGCCAGCUUGACUGUGCUGACGCCGGAUCAGCUGAACAUGACGGGGUUGUCCCUGCCCAGGCCGCGCCCGGGGCCUGAGGACGACGUGGAGAGCGAGGAGUUGGAUGAUUAUUACUAACAGCUGCAGUGGGGAGGUGGGACCAAGUUUGGGAUCCAGGAGGGAGACGUCAUCCGCCAUCCUUCCUCCUCUACGGCAGUGCGAGGUGUGGACACCUGGCCCCCUUCCUCGGGAACCUCUGUGGGUGGAGUUUGGGGAGAUCCCCUGAGCAGACCCCUUCCCCUACAUGGAAACUCCUUCUGCUAUAAACA